CCCGAGAUGAGCCUGACAUUCGCACAGUCCGUUCUCGCCGGGCCGCACUCGCCGUGUAGCUCCUCGAUCUCGCACGUUGUUCUCGACUCGCGCGCGCACCGGCUCCGGAUUACCUCGAAGUUCCGACCAACAGCUGGAAAUUCUACACCGGUUCUGCAACUACAAGGAACAUCAAAUCAUAAUCCGCACCGUUUGUGCUGUGGAAAUCCACUCCAGCCCUCGCCGUCGGUCGUCGUGGCCACGUAAUUAAGAUCAGGGAUUUAUACACGCCGCAGAGAAACGACUUUUGGACAUCAAAAAGAAUGGCUUUCAAGCUGAUGGUCCUGAUCUGCACCCUGCUGGUGCUGAACCCCGAGUUGACGAAUGGAUCGCGAUCGCGAAGCCGCUCCAAGUCUUCAGAGGAGCGACGCCUGAACCCGAACGCGUGCGACAUGCCCUCGGACGGCCAAGUGUUUUGUUACUGCGACACCAACGACCGGCUGAUGGCCAAGGACGCGUCCUGCUGGGUCUUCAACGAGAUCAAACGCGACGACCCGACGUGGGAACUGUUCUCGUCGCAGUCCGAGCUGGUCAAGUUCAAGCUGCUGGUGCGGCCGCAGGGCAACCUCGACUACGUGCCCACCAGCGGCAUCAAACACCUGCCCAACGCCAAGAGCAUCGACAUCCAGUACGCGGCCAUCCCCAUCAUCCACCCGCACGCCUUCGCCAACCUCAGCCGCCUCGAAGAACUCACGCUGACCAGGAAUCAAAUCCAGAAGAUCAAACCUGACGCGUUCGCCUAUUUGCCGCACCUGAAGAAACUCACCCUGGACGAAAACCGGAUCUCGUCGCUGCAGGUCGGCACCUUCACUGGAGUCCCGCGACUCACGCACCUCUUCAUCGGCCAGAAUAACAUCACAAAAAUCGACGAGGACGCGUUCGAGCCGCUCAAGCACCUGCACGAGUUGAUCCUGCUGAUGAACAAUUUGCACAAAAUCUCGGCGCGCGUCUUCCGCGGCCUCGUGCGUCUGCAGAGGCUCGAGUUGACCGAAAACCAGUUGACCGAGCUGCCCGACAUGGUCUUUUCCGAGAUGCCCGAACUGCGCGAAAUCGAACUUGACAGGAAUGCAAUUCAAAAGAUUGGCGAGUACGCCUUUGCCGGACUUCCCCGUCUGGAGCGUCUUUCCCUUGGCGGAAACCAGCUGACCGUUUUCGACACCUACGGUCUUCAGGGUUCACCUCUGCUCAGCGUGUUGGACCUUCGCGAAAACGAGCUGCGCACCCUGACUCGCGAGACCAUCCAGCCGAUGAUGGACCAGCUGAAGAACCGCUCGGCUUACUUGCUGCUGACAGGAAACUUUUUUGAGUGCGACUGCAGGAUGAACUGGGUGCACACCUUGCACAACGAGACCAACAGCGAGCAGGUGCGCAAUUUCUUGGAGGAGUUGACUUGCAAUUUGAGCGGUGGCGACAUCCCCAAUGGUCUGCUUGAGCUGGAAAAGAGCAAAGUCGUCCAGCCUGUGCGAUCCAAGAGCUCCGAGUAUGACGAUUACGACGAUGGCCAGCACCUCCAGGACACUGAGAACCACUACCCUCCGGCCGCCAAGCCCGUGUCCUCCUCUACCGGCCCCGUCACUCGCCACCUGCUCGAGAUCCCGACCGACCUGCUGCCCUGUCCCUCGGAACGCACCGCACCACCGCAGUCAUCGCCCGUCGACUUCAACUUCUACUACCCCAUUCUGGCCAGCGACUCCGCCGCCAUUCGACCUCUGCUUGCGUCCAUCUCGGCGGCCCUGCUUCUGGCCAAGUUGAUCUCGUGAUUCAGCACUGACCCCGCCGCCGCUUGAAGAAUAUUUUAAGUUUUCAUCAUCCUGAUUUCAAUUUUGAACACGAAAUUUGAAUAAUUUCAUUGUAAGAAAUGGAAGAGGGCUCUACAUUAAUUAAACUCUCAAAAUUAUUUGCAAAUUAAGAACAUCAAACAUUGAAAUAAAAAGUAAUUCAAAUUUCCUUUCUUGGUUGUGUCCAAUAAUUAUAAAUUUUAUUGUCUGCUAAAAAAUUGAAACAAUGAAAAUUAAUUUAGAGCAUUCACACAAUUUCCAAGCUAUGAAGACAAAGUAUUAAAAAAUUUCAAUUUACCUCCUCUCUGCAAAUAAAUUAGGUUCACUCAAAAUGAACAGCAUCAUUUGUGAGAUUUAAUUUCAUGGAAAAAUUUUGUAAAGUAAAAUUAACUUAAUAUUGAAUGCCCUUCAACAAAAUGAUGCCAAUAGACCAAAUUUUUUUGCUUUGACAACUAACAGAGAGGCGAGUGAAGUGAUGCCAUCGACGUUGGCAAAUGUCUCUUGGCGAUCUCAUUAGCAUUCGCUUUGCCAUUGUAAUAGAGCCCUCUCCGGCACACACACACAACCUUUGUCUCUCUCCUUUGUUGACACAACCAUGCACACCGUGGAUCAUUGUCGGGUGUGUGUGCAUCUCUGUGCAUUCAGAUAUAAUUAUUCUCCAUUGUGUUGUUGCUCUUCGAAAAGCAACGCCGGAGGUGCGGAUAACGCAGCAUUUACGUUUUAUAAAAGCGGCGGUUCUUUCUUCAACUAUUAUGGAAUCAAUGUGUCAUACAUAAUUAUUAUUUAUAGAGAAAAAAAAUAACUGUGUCUGUUGCUUUAGGCUCUUGAUAGCAUUUUCGUCAAAAAGAUAUAAAAUUUUGAAAUUUUCCUAAAACUCCUCAUUCCAGCAGCGGUUUUUUGUUUUGGCAUUGUUGUAAUGUUAUGAUAAAAAUCCACAGUGGCAGAAAGUCAAUACAACGUGCGCUAGUUUUGUAAGAAACAAUUGGUAACUUAUGGACUUGACGGUAUUGAGAAAGAACUUAUCUUUUCAGAAUUGAGCCUAAAAGUGAGAGGUUCAAACAAAAUUUAGCUCUGUAAGAACUCAAGUUUGUGUACAUUUUGUGUGAACAUUAAAACGGGCCACCUAUUUAACUACAGAAAAAGUGAAUGUAAAUUUAGAGAAAAAAAAUUCAAAUUGAAAACUGUCAGGCUGAAAAGAAGUUAUCGAUGUACCUUGUAAGAUGCAGAUUUGAGCCUCUUCCUUAAUUGCUCUCGGAAAUCUUAAAAAUGUGUAAAAUUAAUUCAAAAGAGGCUCAACAGUAUAACUUCAAAACAAGAUUAACUCUUUUGAUAAAAUAUGUGAAUAAGGAUUAAAAUUAACCGGGCCCGACAUCGCCGUUACUUGUAUCAAUGUGCUAUAUUUGUAAACAGCUUACCGCAUAAGUAUUAUAUAAAUGAUAAACUAGCAGUUUAGUCAGUUCUUAUUUCUUAAAAAAAAGAAGAAAAAAUCGGUGCAAUCGAGCACUACAUUGAGAAAAUGAAUUGAAUGGGAUAGAAUGCAUUGUAUCCUCUGGAAAUUUUACCGCUGUGUGUUUGAAUCUUGAUUUUAUUCUCAAAUUUAAAAAAAGGAACAAUUUUCUUGAUUCGCAAAAAAUAAGUCGCGGAACGAUAUAGUCUGAAUGUUAUAACUUAUGUAUAUUGUUCAACUCUACUGGCAUUUAAGCGUUUAAGAUGAUAAAAAAAAUCAUAAAUUGGAAGAACAACUUUUGUAAAACUGGACUUUGUGCGCAAAUAAAAUUCUUAACUCAGAAGA